UAAUGUUAAAUCAAGUCCUAUGAAUUCAAAAUGUCAUUUCGAUUUAAACCAAAUGAGUUACAACAUUUUAAUUGGAUAUUUAAUUUAUCACCGUGUUUUCCUGUCAACGCAUCGAAAAUUAAUGUUAUUAAUGACCCUAGUAAAUUUUAUGACACAAUUUACGAUAGAUUUAAAAAUGCGAAGUGUAGAAUUUCAUUAGCAAGUUUAUACAUUGGAACAGGCGAUUUAGAGAGAAAAUUAUUGGAAGUUACAGUUCAUAAUGUUAGAAAUAGAAAAGAUUUAAAUUUUAAUGUUUUACUAGACUAUCAACGAGGUACUAGAGGCAAAGUUAACUCACAAAUAUUAUUUCGCCAGUUUGUUAAUGGUAUAUCUAAUAAAUGUCACUUGGCCUUGUAUCAAACUCCGAGACUGCAUGGGGCAUGGUCUAAAGCUCUCCCCUCUCGCUAUAAUGAAAUAGUUGGUCUUCAACAUAUGAAACUAUAUAUUGCGGAUGAUUCAGUCAUUUUAAGUGGAGCAAACUGUUCAAAUGAUUAUUUCCAACAAAGGCAGGAUCGUUAUAUUGAAAUCGAAGAUGAGGACUUAGCAAAUUUUUACUGUGAACUAAUAGAUGAAAUAGUAAAUUGUAGUAAACAAGAUGGAGACCAUCCCAACACUAAAACUGGUAACAUGUCAAAAGAAGUUAUUUCUAAGCAAGUCAAUAAAAAUAUAGAAGACUUAAUAGAAAAAUGGAAGUAUCGGCAAACUUCUAAGCUCACAUCACAUGAAGAAAACAGAGAUACAUGGAUAUUUCCUCUCAUACAAAUGGGUGAAUUCAACAUAAAUCAAGAUGAACAAGCGACUUGUAAUAUUUUAUCUUCAGCGCCAGAGGGAUCCUUUUUUCGUUUAGCUACUGGUUACUUUAAUUUGACAGAAAAAUAUGCAAAUAUUUUAUUGAGAGAUUGUAAAGCUUCAAUAAGCCUAUUAAUGGCACACCCAAAUGCUAAUGGUUUUCUGGGAGCUGCUGGUCCAGCAGGUGGCAUACCACAUGCAUAUUCACUAAUAGCCAGGCAAUUUUGGCAGAAAGUUAAUUAUUAUAAUCAGACGAGUAGAGUACAGAUGUUGGAAUAUGAAAGACCAGGCUGGACUUUUCAUGCAAAAGGACUGUGGUACUACCCUCCCGGGAGCGGUGUUCCGUGGGCGACUGUGGUUGGUUCCGCGAACUUGGGGGAACGUUCCGUGCGUCGGGACCUCGAAGCACAGGCUGCUAUAUUUACUUCAUCUCAUGAUUUACAGGAAAGACUGCAUGACGAGUGUUCAAGACUUCACAACUAUGCUUCUGAAUGCACCGAGGACUUACAAAAAAGACAAACUCCUUUGUGGGUACGCGCUACUGUAGGAUUGUUUAGGACUUAUUUUUAAAAGAAGUGAAAUUUAAGUCUUAAAGUAUGGGGGUGCUAAACACCUUGAAACUGAAUUAUUUAGAUACAUAUGUUAAAUGUUGCGAGUUUCUAAUGCUUUUUGGUAAAAAUAUUAAGCUUAUAAAAGACAAAUGUAAUUAAAAUCUUCCAAUGUUUUAUGGUGCGUACAAACAGAUAAUAUUUAGUAAAAUGUAUAAUAAUUUCAUGUACAGUUUUUCUUUUUAAAUUCUAAGCAAGUAAAAGUGCUAACUGUCGGUAUUAUAGUGGAAAUAAGAUUCUGAUUUUGACGUGUUGGCACAGUGGUUAGAGCAAAUGACUGAUGCUAGCAGUCACGGGUUCGAUUCCCACAUAAACAAAUUCUUAUAUGGGAUUGAGUGUUGUUUCCGGUCCCCUGACAUAGGAUUCCUAUUCUAUUGGAGUGUAAAAAUAAUAAUAAUAAACUCCUUACACUCAAUGAGUGAAUUAUUGUUAAAAAAUUUCAAACAAUACAUAUUCUUAAUUUUUUAAAUAAUUGUUAUAAUUUUAGUUUAAAUUAACUUUUACUUGUUUUAUUAUACUUAUGUUAAGAAUUAAAAUGGAAAUGUAAUUUACAUGACAGAAUGCUUUUGAUGCUGAUAAUUUUAUUUAAUAUUAUUGUUGUAAUGAUUCAAUUAUAAUAUUAAAUUCACACAAGUGAUUUUUAUAUAUUUUAUAAGAAACUACAAAUUAGUAAUUCAGUAUUAUGUUUGUUACCAAUAAAGUACAUAAAGUUUUGUUUUUAUUUUCAUGAAA